UUCCAAGUCCUGGAAUCCGGAAUCGGACUGAUCGUAAUCACACAUGGAUUAUGCUUUUUUCUCUGCUUUUUGUUUGUUUUUGCCUUAGAGGAAACUUUCUCAGCAACUGUUUUCAAGUGGACCGCUUUCAAGUGUCAGAACCAUGAUUUGCGUGCUGAGAUGGGCUGCUUUUCUUUGGACUUUAAAUUCCAUUCCUUGCACUUUUGGAAUGGCAGUGAGUGAUCAAACAGAUGGCUUGUGUCCUCGUCUGAGUGUGGAGGAUCACAGGUUUUCUGACAUUUUAGAUCGUCCCCUGGACAUCACAGGAUUUGAUCUCACAGAAAAGUUUCUUCUCCGAAAGGGAACAGUCACAGAAGACCUGCCAUCAUUUCGUUUAGGAAGCAGUCCACUCAUUAAGCCAACAAAAUUAAUAUUUCCAAAUGGGCUUUCAAGUGAAUACUCCCUUGUCACCAUCUUCCGGGUAAGAAGAACGACAAAAAGAGACCGUUGGUAUCUGUGGCAGAUAUUCGACCAGUCGGGAGGCAGUCAGGUAUCUGUUGUGGUUGACGGUGGCAAGAAGGCUGUGGAGUUUUUUUCCCAGGGCCUGCCAAAGAACACACUCCGCUACACUUUUAAGACCCGUGACCUACAAGCCCUUUUUGAUCGCCAGUGGCACAAGCUGGGCAUUUCUGUACAGAGUAACAUUGUCUCUAUUUACAUUGACUGCAAGCUAAUAGAAAGGAAACAGACUGAUGAGAAGGACAACAUUGAACCCAGGGGGCACACUCUCAUCACUACACGGGUGGAGGAUGGACGGCCUGUAGACAUUGAACUGAGACAAAUUCUAAUCUACUGUGAUCCUUAUAUGGCUGAGAUGGAAAAUUGCUGUGAGAUACUGGAACCAAAGUGUGAAGCCCAGAAGACACUUAAUGGGACUUCCCCUCCCCUGGUUACAGAGCAGCUCCCCCAGAUGCUGUCUCAGCCGGGCUCGCAGUCAAUUGACAGAUGUCACUGUCCAGCUGAAAAGGGAGAUGCUGGUCUUCCAGGGGUAGUUGGACUGCCAGGACAAAAAGGGGACAAAGGAGACAAGGGGGACACAGGGGAAGCCGGGCCUCCGGGAGACCCAGGACAUAAGGGAGAACUUGGAUCAGAAGGGCAAAAGGGAAUCGAUGGGGAGAAGGGUCUGAAAGGUGACCUAGGGCCAGUUGGUCCAGUUGGUCCCAAGGGAAACAAAGGAGAUGUGGGUAAGCCUGGAGCUCCGGGGCUGUCUGUUGACAAAGAUUGUCUCAAAGGAGAUCAGGGCCCUCAAGGCGACAAAGGAGAAAAGGGACUGGAUGGGGUGCCAGGUCAGCGAGGGGAACCAGGCAAGGAGGGCAAAAGGGGACGGAGAGGAAAGACUGGGGAGCCUGGACCCAGAGGCCUGCCUGGUCCCCCAGGAACGUCUGAAGGAGCAAGUGUGGAGGGGGUGAAGGGCGAGUCUGGAGUCCCAGGAGAAAAAGGAGAGAAAGGAGAUCCUGGUCAGCCAGGUGCUGAGGGGGCCAGCGGGAUGAAAGGACAAAAAGGUGAUGUUGGCCCUCCUGGUCCUCCUGGUCCUGUGAUGACAGCUCACGGAUUAAGACAGCUCUCUGGCACUGAUGAAAUGAAGGAGAGGACACAAAAGGGAGAAAAGGGAGAUCAGGGGGAGAGAGGAACUCAAGGACCGCAAGGUCUCAAGGGAAACAUGGGGCCUCCAGGACUUAAGGGAGAUCAAGGACCAGAGGGGAAACAAGGCCCGCCUGGACCCACUGGACUCCCAGGACUCCCGGGCGAGCCAGGCUCAUCGGGGGAGCCAGGGGUGCCUGGGAGAGAUGGCCUGAAAGGAGAAAAGGGGGACCCUGGUGGACUAAUAGGACCACAGGGACCUCCGGGUCCUAAGGGUGAGCCUGGAGAACCUGGAGGUGGAUAUAUGGGCGAUGGGUUGUCUCUGACUAGAGGCUCUCGUGGACCCAAGGGUGAGAGAGGGGUCCCGGGAUUGCCCGGAGACUAUGGUGAAAAAGGUGAACCUGGAGAGAGUGUCGUUGGCCCGCCUGGCCCCAUGGGACCCCCAGGAAAGCCAGGAAUUGAGGGCCCUCGUGGAUCCCCAGGUUUAGCUGGCCCUCCUGGAGCUCCAGGAAGAGAAGGCUCCCCUGGUAGACCAGGCCUCCCAGGCCCUGCGGGACCCCCAGGUGAACCAACUGCCCUGCCAAUGGUUGGAGACAUGGGUGCUUUACUUAAGAAUGCCUGCAGUGCGUGCCAGACGAGAGUCUCGGGGCUGCCUGGGCAGAAGGGAGAGAAGGGGUCCCCCGGAGCGCUGGGAGUAGAAGGGAUGGUGGGAGAAAAGGGAGAUCCAGGUGUAAGAGGUCCCAUGGGUAACCCUGGGAAAGAAGGCCCAAAGGGAGUAAAAGGAGAGCGAGGGUUCCCAGGCCCCACAGGAGAUAAAGGCGAUGAGGGACCUCCAGGAGCGCCAGGGCUUCCUGGUGUGACCGGUCGUACUGGGGCCCCGGGACUUAUGGGUAGACCUGGUCCAAUGGGCCAACCAGGAGUAAAAGGGGAAAAAGGAAAUGAAGGACCCCCAGGCAGACAAGGGCUUCCAGGGCCUCCGGGUGUACCCUAUGUGGAGGGCAAUGGGAUGAGCAGUCUGUACAAGCUGCAGAGUGGUGGAGCUCUUUUAGGACCCCCUGGAGCUCCUGGUGCUCCGGGUCCCAAAGGAGAUGAAGGAGCUGCCGGGGAACCAGGGGCCAUGGGAUUACCUGGGCUGGAAGGGUUACCUGGUGCCAAGGGUGAUAUUGGUUUGCCUGGUCCACCUGGGACACCAGGUCCUCCAGGGAAGCCCGGCGCUCGCGGAGAGCCAGGGAUCCCAGGAGAGCCGGGUGAGAGGGGGCCGCUCGGAGAGACAGGAUUCCCAGGGCCCGAGGGACCCCAAGGUGUUCCUGGGAGACCUGGAAAAGACGGAACUCCUGGAUACAAGGGAGCUACAGGUAGACAAGGGGAGAGAGGAUCCAAAGGAGAACGCGGUGAUUCAGGGAUUCCAGGAGAAAGAGGUGUUCAAGGCGAGAGAGGUCGUACGGGAGAUCCUGGCCCAGAGGGACCGCCAGGCCAGAAAGGUGACCCUGGCCCUCCAGGAGAGCUGGGGAGCGUAAACCUGCUGCAUGAUCUCAGCCUCGUGGAGGAACUGAAAAUGUUUAUCCGAAAUGAAGUAUUGAGGGUCCUUGAAGAGAAGGUAUUGAGCGCUGCCAUGCUUCAGAAGACACCUGCAGCCAUUGUGGCUUCGCAAGUCCAAGGGCCUCCAGGACCUCCUGGCAAGGACGGAUUACCAGGCCCGCCAGGAGAGCCUGGACCUCCUGGUCCUCAAGACUGAGGGGCGGGAAGCAGAGGAAAGGCCAGGAGUGUGGUGCACAGCGGCUCUCUGGGAAAUAUGAAGACAAACGAAGAAUUGGCUGUGAAUAAGAGAAAGUAUUAUCAGUGUGGACAGGAAAGAGCCCCAGUAUUGAUACCUCACUCCAGCAAAGAAAGCUUCUAAAAGGAGCAUAGUCAGGACAGAGGGUGAACAUUCUUUAUCAAACCGGUACAACUUUCUGACUGCUCAUACAACACUAAUGGUUUGCUGGUCAGGCUUUAUACCUCGGACUUGCCUAGAUUUGUAUUGUGCCCGCAGCAGAACUACGAUAUCUUAACUUGUGCAAAGGAGGAGUGUGUUACGUGUUGGUGCAAAUCAAAGCACCACUGCAUUGGCCUUUCUCUUUGAGCUUUGUAUCUACCUCACCUUAUUCAAGACCAUUUACACCUUAACCCACUGCUAUAAUAUAAAAUGCUGCUUUCAUUUGUGAAUAAUGUAGUUAAAGUAGGCAACUACUCGACUAUAAAUAUUUGUGCUGUGUUAAUGCCAUUUGCAUUACACGUCUUGGAUUUUGUUUUGCUUGUUAUUUUUUUAUGCUUCAAAAGAGUGUUUUAUAGGUGAUUCUUAAUGCAGCUUUGCAAUAAAUAUUUAUUGAAAAUAAAGAGGAAAGUUAUUUCCCUCGAUAAAUCACAAAUUCAACAACUUCUUAAUUUUUUUUUCAUUGUUGACUUGUGCCUCCACUCAGCUGGGGAGAGAGUUUGGGGUAAUAUUUCCUCAUUAUUUCUCGUCAUCCUCCGCUGGAGACUGUGCUCCUCUGGAAUAUCCAAUUUGACUUCUUCUCCAAUACGCCAAAAUGAAUUGUUUAUGGAGAAAAAUAACCCCUCUGUUGGAUUAACAGUCUUUUUUUUUCUUCAUGGUUUGAUUUCACAUGGGUGAAAGUCUCAAGCUGUUAGAGAAUACCCACAAGGAUGCGUGCUGUAGAGCUUCAUUUCUUUUUUGUUAUCUUUUCGUUCCUUUGUUGUAAUUGAGUGCUCAUUUAUCAUUCUAUUCAUCUUUUACUUUUGAGGUCAAAAUGGAAAUACUCACUGAUGUAAGUCAUUGUGUGCAAGUGCAUAUUUCAUAAAUUCAACAUUUUGUUGUUUUAAAGUUCAUUUAAAAUUUUGUUUUUCAGUGCAUUCUGUAUAUUUAUUAUUACUGACUGAAACAAAGUGUCUUUUAUUAUAUCAGGGUGUAAAGUCUGUGUUUCAGAGCUGCUCUGCUUUGUGCUGUAUAAUAUGGAAAUAACAGUAAAUAUCCCCAGUAAUUGGUCUUUGAUGGAGCAGCUGCUCAAAGAAAGGUGUUUUUGUAAGGCAUAGCAUGAAUAAAUAGAUGUUGCAGCUAAUACUGUUCACAACAGUGUACAACAGGUGCAGGACUGCAA